GUGUUUUUAUACGCAAGAACGUAUCUGCUCUCACGCAAACAGAAACGCACAACCUAUAUUCCGCAGUAAACCUCUUUUUGAACGACGAACGCGCCACUGGAUACGCAAACUUCUCAGCUUUCCACGAUAAUCAAAGUAGCUGUACGAAGCGAUCGGAUGGAACCCGUUCAUACUGCGCAACACAUGGCAAGGCAACUUAUCUUCUCUGGAACAGAUUGUACCUUGCACAAUUAGAACAAGCGCUGGCUUCUUACGAAGGCUUUACUGGUCUUUUUUAUUACGACUGGACGAGCAUCAAGAUCCCCAUGAACAAGAUGACGUUUAUCAGUCAUUAUCACACAAAAUACUUUCUGCUAGAGGGCGCUCUGUUGGCUCUGGAGCAAGUCGAUUAUUGCCGUUUUGCUAUUAUGCUUGAAAUGGCCCUCAUACAAUCUUUUUUUCACACCGGCAUCACUCCAUAUCGAUUAGACGACAUGGCCAUAUGUCACUACACGGUGAACACUGAUCGCAUGUUCGCCUUGUGGCAGCAACUUCAAGACUACAGAGGAAGGAGAGCGGCCAUUAACUGUGCUUUGAACUUGCUCCAAAAGCCGUUGGGACCUUUCGAUCGUGUGUACAGCGAUCGUGUCAACCUCAGCAGGAUAAACGCCGAACCCAUGCAAUUAGUAAAUCCUGCUGUUUCAUUAGGUUAUCAUUAUGAUGAUCUAAGUCUCAAUGGCAUGAAUAUCUCAAGAAUUAGUCAGCUUCUCCAAGAGCGCCGAUCGAAACCCAGAUCUUUCGCCAGCUUUCAACUACGUGCAAUCAAAGCGUCGGCCAAAUUCCGGGUCUUGGUUUGUGUGUCGCCCGAAAGUGACACCGCGCAUGUGCUGGCAGACGACUGUAGCAACGAUGCAGGUUCGUUCUUCGUUCUGGGAGGAGAUGACAUCCACCAACAGAAGUGGGACUACGGCUAUCCGUACCUCUUCGAAAUCACCGAUGUGGUCAAAUCGCUCGGUGUCCCGCUAGAUGGCGACUACUACGUCCGUGCAGAUAUAUCUGCCCUGAAUGGCACACAGCUCAAAGAUGACAUCAUACCGCCACCCACAGUGUCCUAUAUUCCAGGCCGAAGACACACAAACGAGAGGAAAUUGAAGAAACUGCAGAGAAAAUUCCACAAGAAACUGCACAAAGCAUCCAUCAAGCGGAAAAACGUCAAUGAUUUAACUAAAAUAGAACAGCUCGAACUAAGACUAGCCAUGGUGUGUUUCGCCAAGGACAAAUCCAUGCAAGGUUACCAAAUUCUAGCAGAGUAUUCUGGACUGUUGAAGAAAUGUCCCCAACCGGAAUCGACCCAUCAACGGGUUUGCCGCGUCCAUGGAAACCCGGUGUUCUUGCACUGGAAUCGAUUAGCUGUGAAACAAUUUGAGAAUUCACUGGGUGAGUGCGGAACCAGUGUUGCCUUACCGUACUGGGACUGGACUGAUCCUGUGAAUACCAUACCGUUGUUCUUAUCGAACCACUCCUUUUAUGAUCCAGACUGGAUGCAGUUUAGAUUGAACCCGUUUUCCCGUCUCUCGGUUGAUUUCAUGUCCUAUAAUGAAGAGGCUCCGAGAAAUACAGAAUGGAUCACCGAGAAUCUUGGGGACGAGAAACACGGGUCCCUCUUUUCCCAGUUACUGCUCGCUUUCGAACAGGAGGACUUCUGCGAUUUCGAAAUCCAACUGGAAGUCCUACAAAACAGCUUCUACAACAUUUUCUCGGAGCCGGAAUUCCCAACGUUGGACCACAUGUCGUUCGAUCCACUGUUCUGGAUGCAUAGCAAUCAAGUGGAUCGUCUGUGGGCAACGUGGCAAGCUUUGCAGGUCUAUCGGGGCCUCUCGUCAGCGGCUCACUGUAUACAAUCUGACCUUCACCGUCUUUUGAAACCGUUCUCCGACGGUCCGCCUAUCAACACUAAUUUGAUUACCUUUGAACACUCGACACCCGAUCAAUUGCACGAUUAUCGGAGCAAUUUACAUUACGAGUUCGAGUCCCUUAAUCUAGGGGCUGAUAUGUCUAUUGGUAUCCCUGAUCUUUAUACUCGCAUCGAGGAUCUGAAAAAAAAAGACCGUGUUUUUAUUGGGUUCUUACUGCGCGGAAUCAAAACGUCUGCCAAGAUCCAAGUAGCAGUGAAUGAAAACUCCAGGGACAAUGUGAAGAGGAGUGUCCCCAUGAUUCUGGCUUCCAUAUUGGUGUACGGAAGCCGUGAAGAGAACGACUGGGGUUUCGAUCGCUAUUACAAACACGAAAUAACCCACAGCCUCUUACGCUUGGGCUAUAACUACGAUGACAAAAUCCAUUUAAAUGUAUAUGCCGAAGACAUCAACGGUACAACUCUACCAGACGAUAUUCUACCCGAACCAGUAAUUAUAUACGUACCUAACAAAGGUAG